CGCGCCACCGCCUAUAAGAUGCAGCGGGCAGGCGGCGCUUGACUGAGCUGAAGGGCGAAGUCUAAGGCGAAGGCAAAGUCGGCUUCGGGGAGUGCGUCGCUGCUGUCGGGUCCGGCCUCGUCCGCCAAUUCUUGCUGCGCCACACCAGCCAGCGUCUCCUCCGCCAUGGCUCCGCUGACGGUAAAGGCCUACCUGCUGGGCAAGGAGGACGCCUCCCGGGAGAUCCGCCGCUUCGCUGUCGAGGCGCCUGCCUUUUAUCAGCCCGUUCGGGACAAGGUGGCCGAGCUCUUCCAGGGGCUGCUCCGCAAUGCCGCCGCCGCUGCCACCACCGGCUCUUUCCAGAUGUACUACAAGGAUGAAGAUGGAGAUAUGGUUGCUUUUUCCAGUGAUGAAGAACUGCAGCUGGCCAUGCCCUAUGUAAAAGAUGGAAUUUUUCGCAUAUAUGUUAAAGAGAAAAAAGAAUUGAAACGUGAGCACCUGCACCGCCAGUCCUGCAGCCAGGAGCGUCCUCCGAAUAUGGUGCACCCCAAUGUGGUCUGUGAUGGCUGUGACGGUCCAGUUGUGGGUGCCAGAUUCAAAUGCACUGUUUGUCCAGACUAUGACCUGUGCAGCACUUGUGAGGGAAAAGGCAUCCACAAGGAUCACAACAUGAUCAUGUUUCAAAGUCCAUUUCUCAAUCCACUGGAGUGGCUUCCUAGAGGUCGGUGGCUUCGUAAGAUGCGACAUGGUGGUCCAUUUCCAUGGAUGCAAGGUUGGGGGCACUCUUGCCCUUCCGGUCGCUGUCAGAACUCUGGUCAGGCACAAGCCAGUACCAGUAAUACUGUCCCAAAUGCUACUCCUGAGCAAGGAGGGGUUUCUAGCAAUCAGUCUCAGGAUCCCAAUGUCACCUUCUUGAAGAAUGUUGGAGAAAGUGUUGCAGCAUUUCUGAGUCCACUUGGCAUUGAUGUUGAUAUUGAUGUGGAACACGAGGGACAAAGAAGCAAAGUGGCACCGGUGCCUAGUGCCGAGAAGAGCAGUGCCAUGCCUAGAAGCAGUUCAGGGGACCAGUCAAAAUCUCAAACAAGCAGUAAGAGCACAUCAGCUUCAGAGGCAGGGGAUGCUAUUACUGACCAGCUUCAGGAGAUGGUGGUGGAUUCUCCCCCUGUGCAGAUGGAACAGGAUAGUCUCUUGUCACAGGAACCAGCUGAAUCCAGUGGUAGUUUGGCAGGGGAUGAGGACUGGACCCACUUAUCUUCAAAGGAAGUAGACCCUUCUACUGGCGAACUGCAGUCUUUACAAAUGCCAGACACAGACAGCCCAUGCUGCCUGGAUCCAACUCAGGCUCCUGCUCAUACAGGACCAACAGGCUUGAGAGAGGCUGCACUCUACCCUCAUCUUCCACCAGACGCAGAUCCACGCCUGAUUGAGUCCCUGUCACAGAUGCUGUCCAUGGGAUUCAAUGAUGAAGGGGGAUGGCUCACUCAUCUGCUGCGUUCCAAGAACUAUGACAUUGGGUCAGCACUGGAUACUAUCCAGUACUCCAAGCAUCCUCCAGCUCCCUAAUGUUACCUAUGCAACGCCUAAUACUGAAAGCAGAAUGAAAAAGGCUCCACAGAGUAGCCUGCUUUUUAUAUCUUACCUACUGCAAUGAUCAGAUCCUUCUUUCUUUGUUCAUUCUACAAAAAUAAAUGGUCAUGCUCUUCCUCUUUCA